CCGACUCUCAUGGUCGCGUUCGACGAGACAUAUUUGCUUCUUCUACUCUCGGACAGCAACCUUCCGACGGGAUCCUUUGUAGCCUCAUCCGGCCUUGAAUCCUUCCUCACACAUGGUUUCGGGACACCGUUAUCGACGAGCCGUAAUCUGGCCGGCCAGAAGAUGGAUACAAUCGCGGUGUUCAUCCGGGACAGCCUAUCUACCUACGCACCCAGCGCGCUUCCCUUCGUUUCAGACGCACAUUCUGUUGUCUCCGAUCUGUGCAACAGUGGACAGAGUGUCGACGCUACCUUGGGGCUGAUGAACCAACUCGAAGCCCUGUACGAAUCGAUGAUGCUAAACGAUGUCGCGAGAAGAGCAUCAAAGUCGCAGGGAGUUGCACUCUUGUCCUUAUACUCGAAGGGGUUCUCGAGGCCAAGCGGAAUGUCAGUCACUCGUUCAGAGCCAGAGAAAGAAUCGGGGGAUAUCAGUGUGCUGGUCGACCGAUUCAAACUGAUGGUACGGCGCGGCGAUCCCGACGCCCAUGGUCACCUUUCGACCUGCUGGGGACUCUUAUGCGCUGCGUUGGGCCUGUCAUUAGAUCGAGCGCAGCACCUUCACCUCUAUCUUCACGCCCGGUCGCUCCUCUCUGCCGCAGUUCGACUCAACUCGAUUGGUCCCUACGCUGCUCAGCAGAUACUACUUCAUUCUGUCGAAAGCAUAGUCGAUCAAGAACUCCAGAGAUGUGCGCAUUUGCGUACUGGCAUACUGCCACGAGAGAGAGAGGACAGCACUUGGGAUGCAGCACUGAGUGGGCCUGCUAGCACCUGGCCACUGGGCGAGAUUCUGGCUGCGAGGCAUGAUUUACAGCACUCCCGCAUUUUCAACAGCUAGCGACCCGCAAACCACUGCCUCAUCAACCAGUCUUGCCCGGAAUGUGUAGAGCCAAGCGUCUUUGUGUUCUUGGCACGCGGCGGCGGUGACUUCCCGGAGGGGCGUGACAAAA